UCGUCAUUCAUCCAAUCGUCGUUUCUACUCUUUGAAAGAAGAAAACAACAGUUCAAUCCAUAAGCAAUUCUCUGUUUCGUAGACCACUCUAUCUUAUUCUGCACCAAAAUUAGGGCUUCGAAAUGAAGAAGAUGAGAUUGGCAAUUCUACUUUUCACCAUUAGUCUCUUAUACGACAACGUUUAUUCCACCCAGAUAAUAUCUGCUCACACAGGUGCGUCUUUCAGUCGAAGUUCUAAAGAACCAAAAUAUAAGGUUGAAUUUCAUUCAGAAGACACACCCUUCAUCCCGGAUGAUGACCAGGAAGCUAUUCUCAUGCCCAACAAAGAUGGAGAGAAGUUCCUGUGUUAUUUGCCUAAAGUUGAUAAACCGAAGAUUGGUAAACCACUGACACCCAAUAUAAGCAGUUUGAUCGUGGACACUGAGAAACGCAUUAAGUGGAAGACACCAGAUGAACUACUUGAAGUGCUGAAGGAUCGUUGCCUUAUCAGGCAAGAAGGGUGGUGGUCGUAUGAAUUCUGUUAUGAGAACAAGUUGAGGCAAGUUCAUUUGGAGGAGGAAAAGGUGGUUCAAGAAUUUAUCUUGGGUUACUAUGAUGCCGAAGCUACCGCAGCUUAUCAUCAGAAUCGCUCAGAUAAUUCAGUGCUAAAGCAUCCCCGUUCAAAAGAUGCAUCACAAAGAUAUCAUGCUCAUAUCUAUACAAAUGGUACCACAUGUGAUUUAACAAAUGAGCCACGACAAACAGAGGUGAGGUUUGUUUGCUCAGACCCUAGAGCUAUGAUAAGCUCUAUAACUGAAUUAUCCACCUGCAAGUACGCCCUCACCGUACACUGCCCAACCCUCUGCAAACACCCUCUCUUCCAGGAAGAGAGGCCAGUAUGGCAUACCAUUAACUGUAAUAAACUUCCGAAAGAUUACAGAGAAGCAAAAGCGGAAGAAAACUUUGGACAUGAAAAUAUUGCCAUGGUGACAGACUCAGAAUAUCAGCCUUCGGUUGAUUCAGACGAGCACGUGAAAGUGGAGGAAGACAAUUCAAAUGAACAUGCCAAAGUGGAGGAAGACAAUUUUGAAGAUGAAAAUAUCACCAUAGUGACUGACUUGGAGCAUCAGCAUGCGACAUAAAGUAGACAUGACAGAUGAAGGGAAUUUUUCUAUCACUGCAGAAAUGCUACACAGCUGCUCGACUUCAAUCCUUUUUUCUGUUUUCUAUUUACUUAGCUGAUUCAAUAUAGAACUUUUAAAAUGUAAAAAAAGAAACAUUUUCUUAAGGUGCCAUUUUAGUUUUACUUUUUUCUAAAGGGAUAGAAGUCAGAUUUCAUUGGAGGAACUGUAAUGUUGAUAGAGAAAAUAUUCAAAUACAAGAGUUUCGUUUCUUCUGUUCAAGAAGGGAUAUACUUUGCGGCA